GGUUAUGUUUAUCAUUAUCACCAUCUAAAUAAAUUGAUAAUAAGAUAAGCUAAUAUUAUUAUUAUUAUCAUCAAAUAAUUACCGCGGAUAACUAUUAUUAUCAAUCCAUAAGCAAUUAAUAAUUGCUUUAUUAUUAUUCAAUUCCAUUAUAGAAAGAUAAAUCUCUCUCUAUCAAAGAGAUAGACAAGAUAAUGAUAGAAAGUUACUUAUUCCAAUAUUUAUCUAAAAUGAUCGAUGUAGAUAGGCCUACUGUAUCUCUUUUACAAAUAAAUCAUUAACUAACUGUUUUUCAAAUACAAAUACCUACAAUAAUAUAUAACUUCUCAAGCUUUUAUUAUUCAAUAUCUAUUUAUAUAUUAUCUAAGUUUUUAUUAUCUAUUUUUUUAAUCGAUCAUUUUCUAUGUUUGUAUAAAUAAAUUUCAUGUUUUUUAGACUUUUGUAUUAAGUUAAUAAGUUAUCAAGACUUCCAUAUCAAUAUGGACUUACUGUUUUCAUCAUCUUCUGAAGAAGACGAUCAAGUUCAAGUGGCGAGAAAAAGAAAGAAUUACAGAGAAAGAAUAAAUUUCAAUUUUGAUACAAUCUAUGAAUUCAAUGAGCGCUUCAGAUUGAGUCCAUUAAAAUUAGAGGAAAUAUUGAAUGAGAUUGGGCCAAUAAUCAGUCACCCUACUCGUCGCUCAUAUGCACUCUCCAGCAAAAUGCAAUUAUGUAUUGCUCUCCAUUGGCUAGGCAAUGGAGGGCAAUACCACUGCAUUGCAGAUGCUCAUGGGGUGAGCAAAGCGAGCGUGUGCAGAUCUAUUAGAAGUGUAGUUGAGGCAGUAAAUGUAACAUUAUUUACAAAAGUUGUAGACUUUCCCCAGGAAGUGGCGACUUCCUGUGCUGCGUUUUAUGAUGUGGCCGGGUUUCCUCAAGUCAUAGGGUGCAUUGAUGGGACAUUGAUCCCUAUUGAUGCUCCCCCUGAAGAUGAGCCAGCAUUUGUUGAUAGAAAAGGCAACCACUCAAUAAAUUGUAUGGUUGUUUGUGGUCCCAACCUAGAAUUUUAUUACGUUAGUGCCAAAUGGCCAGGGAGUGUGCAUGACGCCAGAGUACUACGCAACAGCACAUUAUUUCAACGCUUUGAAGGAGGCUGGCGGCCUAUCCAAAAAUCAGUCAUCCUAGGUGACUCAGGUUAUCCACUUCUUGAAUGGUUGAUGACCCCACUUUUAGGUAAUGUUGAAGACAAUAGAGCAGCUGCUGCUUACAACAGAGCUCAUAAAAAGACACGCCGACUUGUCGAAAAUUCCCUGGGUAUUUUAAAAGAAAAAUUUCCUUGUCUGAAUCACCUUAGAGUCUCACCCAUAUAUGCAGGGAAAAUUUUCAAAUGCUGCACAGCAUUGUACAACAUUGCACGAGAGGAGGUCAAUAAUUUAAAUGAGGAUGAAGUUGAGAUUGAAGAUGGUAAUGCUAUAGAUGAACAUUAUGAAAAUGUGGGUGCAAGGUAUCGGCAACUGGAAUUAAUUAAUUAUUUUGGAAAUGCUAUUUGAUAAAAUAUAUUGUUCUAAAUAUGGAUAAUUCAUUGCCUCAAUCAUCCUUCUAAAUUAUACUAUCAAUUCAAUUAUGAACGUUAAAUUGGACUCAGAUUCAUAAAAGCAAAUAUGUAACCUAUAUUUAUUAAUAUAUUUUUAUUAUUAUGAAUAACUGCUGUAGUUCAAAUACUUAGCCCAAUCUCAUUUAAUAUUUCUAGGAAUAAUGUAGCCUUACCUGAAUAUUUACUAUCAACAGCUGCAUUGGUUUAUUCCAUGCUCAGGCAAUAUAAAAUGCCUUCACUUAUAAAAUAGUCUUCGAAAUUGAUAUUUCCAAACCCACGCAAACUAUUGAAAAUAAUAUUGCAAUAUUUUGUGAUUUUCUAGUGCAUGCACUAUUUCAAGUCACACUAGGAUAAUUCACAUGUUGCAAAAUGUUAUUUGCUUACUUGUGAGGACCUCAUUUAAUACUAACCUACCAACUAUUAGGCCCGCCGCAAAGUAGACCCACGCUAAUCCACAAAAAGCAACCCACACCGUGGGAUGUUUUGUAAACCAUUGCUAGGCUUCUCUAUACAUCUUUGUAAUGAUAAUAAUACAUGCAAUG